AUGUUCCCUUGGGUUUUGCUAGAAUUUUUGUUGUUUUGUUUUGCUACCAACUAUGGUGUUGAAGCAUCCCAUGAAGUGUACACGAGUUUACAAUCCUUGUCUGCAGUGAAUGUGAAGCAAGUAUACAGAACCGGCUUCCAUUUUCAUUUGGAGAAGAAUUGGAUCAACGAUCCAAAUGGGCCUCUAUAUUACAAGGGAUUCUAUCAUCUCUUCUACCAGUACAACCCCGAAGGUGCUGUGUGGCGCAAUAUUGUUUGGGGUCAUUCGGUAUCAAAAGACUUGAUUAACUGGAAAAAAUUGGAGCCUGCAAUUUUCCCAUCAAAGACAUUUGAUAAGUAUGGCUGUUGGUCUGGAUCAGCCACUGUCCUCCCAGGUAACAAACCUAUUAUUCUAUACACUGGAGUUGUAGAUGAAAAUAUCACAGAGGUCCAGAACUAUGCAGUUCCAGCAGACUAUUCUGAUCCAUACCUCCGGAAGUGGAUCAAGCCAGAUAACAACCCAUUAAUAGUUGCGGACGAGUCUAUGAACACGACUGCAUUCCGUGACCCAACAACUGCUUGGUUGGGCCAGGAUGGGCGCUGGAAAAUAUUGGUGGGAGGUAGGAGAAAGCAUAGAGGAAUUGUUUUUUUGUACAGGAGUAGGGAUUUCAUGAAUUGGGUUAAGGCCAAACAUCCAUUGCAUUCUUGUGCCAAUACUGGAAAUUGGGAAUGCCCUGAUUUUUUUCCAGUAUCAUUGCAUGGUACAAAUGGUUUGGAUACCAGCUCUUUGAUGGAGGAAAAUAAAAUUAAGCAUGUUUUGAAGGUUAGCCUUGAUGAGACUAGAUAUGAUUACUAUACACUUGGUACAUAUUUCCCUCAAAAGGAUAGGUAUAUUCCUGAUAAGAACAUGGUUGAUGGUUUGAGGGGAUUAAGGUAUGACUAUGGUGAUUUUUAUGCCUCGAAAUCAUUCUUCGACCCUAUCAAGAAACGAAGGAUCAUGUGGGCCUGGGCUAAUGAGUCAGACACAGUCUGCGACGAUUUGAGAAAGGGUUGGGCUGGAAUUCAGACAAUACCACGUACAAUUUUGAUUGAUCCUAAUGGAAGACAAUUGCUACAAUGGCCUGUCGAAGAAUUAGAAACUCUAAGAAGGGAAAAAGUAGAGUUGCGCGAAAAAAAGCUCAAGAAGGGAGAGCAUGUCGAAGUUAAAGGAAUAACAGCUGCACAAGCUGAUGUUGAAGUAACCUUCUCUUUCCAUUGCUUGGACAAGGCGGAAAAAUAUGAUUCCAGUUGGGAUGAACAUGAUGCACAAAAGCUUUGUAGCCAAAAGGGUUCUACUGUUCAAGGUGGGGUUGGACCAUUUGGGCUCUUGACAUUGGCUUCACAUGAUCUAAAAGAAUACACUCCUGUCUUCUUUAGAAUUUUCAAAGCUAAUUCCAAGCAUGUGGUUCUCAUGUGCUCUGAUGAAUCAAGCUCGUCCUUAGAGGAAGGAUUGUACAAGCCUUCAUUUGCAGGAUUUGUUGAUGUAGACCUAACAGACAAGAAGCUCUCUCUUAGGAGUCUGAUUGAUCAUUCAGUAGUGGAAAGCUUUGGUGCUGGAGGAAAGACAUGCAUUACAUCUAGGGUUUAUCCUACCCUGGCUAUUUAUGAGAAUGCUCAUUUGCAUGCAUUCACCAAUGGCACUGCAACCAUCAUAAUUGAGAAGUUGGAUGCUUGGAGCAUGAAGAGUUCUCGGAUUAUGCUCAUUUGCAUGCAUUCAACAACGGCACUGAAACCAUCAGAAUAG